UAAGCUCACGCGAUUCUCACCGAUUUGCCGAGCGUUUGCGUUGUGCAAAAGACCAUCGUCGUUACGACUCAUUGGGCGAAAAAUUGAGAUCUCAAUCAACGGUACUCUGCCAAGGAAAAUAUCUUCAUCGACUUAUAAAGCUGUACCAGAAGCGAUAGUUUACCAACGUUUCGUGACACCUGACGAUUGACCGAAUAGACGGCGACUGGUUGUCGGACUGAUUGGCAGACAACUAUUGUUGUCACGUUUCUGUCUGACAUUUCCGCGUAAAUAAACUUUGAAAUUUGGAAGCUCUGACAAAUCCGUAAAUUGUCGAUAACUUUGUGUGGCGAUUGGAUGGGUGUAUUUUCACAAUCAUGUGAAAUAGACUUGUAAUUCUUUCUCUGUCUGCUCAUCAAGAGUAAAACAUUAUGUCGGGCUCUAAGAAGAUUGUCACCAUGGACAAGUAUGAGAACUUGGGAUUAGUUGGGGAAGGUAGUUAUGGAAUGGUCUUAAAGUGUAAGCAUAAGGAAACUAACCAAGUCGUGGCAAUCAAAAAGUUUCUUGAGAGUGAGGAGGACAAAAUGGUGAAGAAAAUUGCAAUGAGAGAAGUUCGAAUGCUAAAGCAAUUACGACAUGAGAAUCUCGUCAAUCUUAUAGAAGUAUUCCGACGAAAAAAAAGGUUAUAUUUAGUUUUUGAGUUUGUAGACCACACAGUAUUAGAUGAACUUGAACGGUAUCCAAGCGGAUUAGAUGAACAUAUGUGUAGAAAAGUGCUAUGGCAAGUUUUAAAAGGAAUAGAAUUCUGUCACAAUCACAAUAUUAUUCAUCGAGAUGUAAAACCAGAAAAUAUUUUAGUAUCUAAAUCAGGUGUGGUGAAGCUAUGUGAUUUUGGUUUUGCUAGGACAUUGGCAUCACAAGGUGAAGCUUACACUGAUUAUGUAGCCACUAGAUGGUACAGAGCACCUGAGUUACUUGUAGGGGAUACCAAAUAUGGCAGGGCUGUUGAUAUUUGGGCAGUUGGGUGUUUGUUAGCUGAGAUGUUGUCAGGUGAACCAUUAUUUCCUGGAGAUAGUGACAUAGAUCAACUGUAUCAUAUCAUCAAAUGUUUCGGUGUUCUGAUACCAAAGCAUCGAGAAAUCUUUCAUAAGAAUCCGUUGUUUGUUGGCAUGAGAUUACCAGAAGUGCGGGAACUAGAACCGUUAUCAAAGCGACUUCCUAGAUCUUCUAAUGAAGCAUUAAGUCUUAUGGACCUAUCUUUACUUUUGGAUCCAACUGAAAGACCCAACUGUGGAAAUCUGCUGAAGCAUGAAUUCUUCAAGAAAAAUGGCUUUGCUGAUAAAUUCCCCUCAGAGCUGAGAGCAAAAAUACAGAAGGAAAUGAUGGAUAAUCCAUUGCUACGACAACACAGUGGUCACAGUAAUACAGAUGAUAAGAAAAAAAUUAAAAAAAAAAAGGAAACAAAAGAGACUCAUGAUAGCAAAGCAGAAAAACAGACAAUAUGGGAAAAGCAAGAAAAAGCU